ACCGGAGACGGAUUACAGCUCGAAAACCGUACUUCUCGACUCAACCACGGCCACAAAGGAACUGAAUUAUAUACGAUUCGAUUAGCUAAAUUGUACCCCUGAGGCCUAGCGCGUGAUCUGGAUCCAAGCGGUAGAUUCGAACGGUGGAUGCUGACUGAUAACGAAACCGGGAGCAUUAUUUACUGCCCUGCACUGUCACGGUUUCCAGUGACUUGCUCUGCCUCGACUGUCCCGACACAUGCUACCGUACCUGGAUGAUGACUUACUUGACAAUGUUCCAUCAUAAAUAAAUCUACCGUAACCGUUUCGGGAUAUUUACCUCCAGCCCACACUAGCACCCCACAGUAAAAUAUUACUGUCACCCAUAACGGGCAAUUCAAAUAAACUGCAAUAAAACACACCCCUCGUUCGAAGUGCACGAAAGCGAUUUGCGGGUAAAAAGCCGAGCGUAGAAUACUUUACCUACAACGAGGAAUGCCACAGUUGAUUGUGUUCGUUUGCCAGACUAACCGACUGACAGGUAAUGUCAACGAUAUCAGUUACUGCGUUGUUUUCGGCUUUCUGAAAAAAAAGGUUUUACAUCGGCGUGCAUAAAUUUGAGCACUAACAAAUAGUUUUAUCGUGAUAUUAAAUGUAUUGAAAAGUGAACGCGGCCGAUAAACAUUGUAUUUUUGGGCGAGGAUUAAAAUUGGGAUAGCAGACAUGAUGAUGGAAAAUUUAGACCACGUAUAUUGUAAUACCGCGUCCACCGAUGUCGGCGGUAAAGAAUCCCCCGAGCAAAUUAGCCUUUUUAAGGAGGUGAAACAAUUGCAAUCUAUUCUGCUGCUUCACUUGGACUUGAUUCAGGAGCAAAGUGAUCAGAUUCUUGCCAAAGAUAAGCUGAUUAUUAAGUUGAAAGACGAAAAUGAGCUUCUCAAGCAUCAGCUGGAGCUGGUGAACAAACGAAUGCAGCAAAUGAAGCAACAGAAGGAGCAAAGAGAAAUCAGCAUUCCUGUUAGAAGCAUCCCCGUUGAGAAGGUUUACGACUUUACCCGACGCGUAAUUCCCAGUAUCGCAACAGAAUCAACGCCAAACGAACACAUUUUGGAAGUGUCCAGCACGGUGACGAAUAUUAAAAAAGAGGUGAUUUCCAAUGACUACGACAAUUUCGAUGCGAUUUGUUCCGAUUUCGGAGGAGAGCUUGAAUCUGACAUCAAAAUUGAAAACAAUGAGAUCGAAGAGGAAAUUUUCCUUAAUUACUCCAAAUCUGACGAUGAAUCAGGGCCUUCUAAUGACGGUCCAGUGGCGGAAAUCGACUCGGCAACAGAGGAGCGUCCUCCCAGUAGUAGUACACCCAUCAGCUAUGGCGUCAGCAUUUCGUCGUUUGAAAACAUAACCAACACACUUGAGUCCACUAGUAACAGCAACAAUAACAACAACAGCAACAUCACCGGUAGCGAAAAUAAUCAGCUGCAAGCUGCAGGACAGCAAUCAGCGAAAGAUGUUACUUUGUCCAGCGAUGAUAAAACCAGCGUUUACAACCCGAUUUGCUCUUCGGGCAAUUCGUCCGAUGGUAGCUUAAUGAAAAAAUCUUGCCGAACAUCGUAUAUGAUAACACAAAAACCGUAUAUAACGUGCAAUUGGAAAGAUGAAGCGAUUACUAAUGAGCUGGAGCGAUUGCUGGAAAAUGAAGCGGCAGAACUGGAGAUCCCUUGCUGGACAGUUGUCGAUGAAAAUUAUGACAAAACUCCGAAUACGAGUGAGCAAACGUCGGAAAAUAUAAGUGAAGAGGCAUACAUGAAGCGUCACUUCAAAUUUGAACUAGACGAGAGACGACGCAAGAAGUGGGACGUUCAACGGAUCCGAGAGCAGAAAACUAUUGAGCGGUUGAAGAAAAGGCACCUGAAAACUGAUGCGGACAAUGAACAGAAAAACAUCGUUUCAUUUUACCCGUCAAUCGAAACCAUUAAGUACGUGCACAUUACCGAGGAAAUUCCCGUGCAAGCGUUUGGUGAACCGAUACCGAUUCUUCCGACCAGUAGUUUCAGUCUACCCUGGAUGACGCGAGGCUUGGAUACUACAGAAAGUGUAACACCGUCGGAGUUCGGUCCCGGGCCACUAUUUAGCGCCUCGACGGUUGUUCCUUCCACACUAACCGCACCAACAACAUCAACGAUAGCAGCGCCGGCAGCGCACAGUGGCACCGUUGCGCAAGACAGUAAAACCAAGUUUCUGCACCGCUUGGCGCCGAAUCUGCACACACAGAAGCAACGAUUUACUAAGCGUGUAAAGAAGGAAACAUAAGUAAUUCUGUGGAUUUAAAGAGGUCAAGUGCUUUAACAAGGAUCUACUUGAAGUGAUUAAAAAGUUAAUAUAAUUAAGGUGCAUCCAAUAAGAACUUUUGCUUUUCUGAUAGGAAUAGGGACGAGAAAGUGUACAGCUGAUACCGUAAUAAAAGGAACAUGU